CGAAACUUUCCGUUCCGCGAUCUCCUGCAACUACCCCGACCAACAAACAACCCAGUCGGCCAGGCGCCAUCCACGCUCCUUGCAAAGCCCAGCACAAAACUGUUUCACCUCUAAUUGACGUGUCUUCGAUUCCCUCAACUCGCAUAUUCAUUACCACCCAUUUAAUUCGCAAGCAUGGCCAGCACAACUGUCAUCAACGCAAACGCGACAUCAAAGCACCAGGCCUCGACCGCCGCGCCAAUUGAGCCACUGAAGAACGACACAGCGCGCAUAUACACGCACAUCCAUCCCAUACUCGUUCUCUCCGUCUACGCGCUCAAAUUUCCCGCUCUGGUCGCAGACCCCGUGCCCACGCUGCUGAGUACCCUCGCACCGCUCGCUGUGCUGCAAAUAGCCUUUGUAGCCAUAUGCCUCCCACCGACCGGAGGCACGCCUUCGAUGCGGAAACAGAAGCCGGGUGAGAAGAAAGGAAAGGCACCGACGAAGCUGGAACAAGGAUUGAACUCGAAGAUUGUGCCGGCUUUCUUGUCUCUCCUCCUGUCCGCACUCGCUGCGACGCCGCUCCUCACGGCCAUUCUUGUCCUCUUCGGUGCACCCGUGUCUACGCACCAUGCACACACACUGCUCUGCGGUGCUCAUGUGGCGCUCCUGAGCACCCUGCCUCUGAUCUACGUACACGGUGUCGACGGCGAUACAUGGAGACAGAUUAUUGCGCUGCUCUUGCCGAUAGAUGAAGUCUAUGGAGGGCUGAUUGGCACGGUUCUUGGUGCUUGGAUAGGUGCUGUGCCUAUUCCCUUGGACUGGGACCGCGAGUGGCAGAAGUGGCCAGUUACCAUCGUUACAGGCGCUUAUAUUGGAUACGCAAUUGGCAAGCUGUUGGGAGGCACACUGUUGAAGGGCAAGAAGAUCAUGUUUGACUAGAGGAUCGUGGCUGAGAUUGCUUUGCUCCCACUCUGUUUGAGGUCUCUUUGGGACGCUUGUUGUAAACUUGGGCUAGUCAGUUGUGGGCGGUAGAAAGCUUGUCACAUAGAUACCGAUACAUUAGGCAUCUGGGCCUGGCAGGUAUACGUUCGAGGUACCCACUAUCGGAAACAGAGCCAGCAAAUUUCUGUGCAAGAUACUGUGCUGUGCAAGACCAUUUACAUGGGCGAAGGAACAUAUACCACACGAUCAGUCCAUCAACUAUUCUAGUCUACAAAUAUCCAAGAUGCUGUUAAUAUCCAC